GCAAGCCAGAGACUUCACAAAACAUGAGAAUUGUGGUUGAGGACAAGUUACAAGAAAUAUGCUUUUCAAGGGCUUCUGAUAGGGCAAUUCUAUAGAAAUGCGAUCCACUAGUUUGCAAUCUGGAUUUUGAAAUUCGCCUACUCUCUCUCCUCCGUAAGUUGCUAUAUUAUUUAUUAAUUUAUUUUUACUCUGUCUGCACACAACUUGCAACCUCACCGUUAAGUUUUUCUAAGUCUGGAUUGUUUGACGGUGUUGGACGUCCAAGGAAUUUUCAAGGCUGCUACCAGGGUGCGACUGUCAGCCACAAUAAAGAGAAAUAUAAUUCAGACCAAAAUUAACAAACGUUGAUACUAAAUUCAUGUAUAUUUAUUCCUGGUUUCUUCGAAACAUCUCACCUGUCAUUUGAAGCCAUCAAGAACACGACAAAUUCCCCCAUGUGAGCCCAGAAAAUGUGGGCGAGAGAGCUCUCGAUGUUUAUAAUAGUAUUGAGCAUACGAGGCUGAUGCCGCAGAAAAUUCAAUUUAUUAUUAUCUGAAGUGUCGCAGACAGCCUCGGUGGUUUUUACUAGGAAAGUGGGGUGAUUGAUGAACCCUGAUCAGAGAUGGCCACGACAUUACUUCGGAGGUUUCAGCGUCCAGGGAAGGUGUUCAGAAGAUGGGUAGAAUCAGAUCAUGAAGAUAAUGUGUCUACACUGGUGUUUGUGGAGAGAAGGGGAAGAGAGAGGGAGACGAGGGAAUUCAAUCGAGAUGAGAAGUAUGUGAUGCAUUUGUAAUGGUCCCAAUUUGAGGAAGGCAGUGGUUAAGCCAAUUUCAGGACAGGGGGGAUCGGUUUGGUCGUGUUUUAGGAAACAGGUUUCACUCGCAGAGUAUCGAGAGUAAGAAUCGGGAUGGUGCAUAAUUUAUUCAAAGGCUUUGGUGUUGUAGUGUUGGAACCUUGGUGAAGUUGUGGUAAGAUUUGGAGCAGUAGCAACGGAUUCGAUGGAUCGGGAAGAGUCUUUUGGGCAGGGAGGCGAAUCAGGUGUUGGUACAUCAGAGUUGUUGAGCUAAGCGUUUGUGGUAUUUGCCUCGAGGCAUUCUCUCUUCUGUCUCUAUCUUUUAUACUUUCUCUGUUUUGUGUCUUUACCUCUCUAAUUGCAAAUCAGCGCAUGUGAGCAAAUCUAUAGACUGUCUAUCUGUUUGUCCGGAAUUCCAUUUGUUAGGGUCGCAACAGCACGAGUACUGCGUAAUUUUCAACAGCGUUCACACUCUUUGGGUCAUACAAACCGUAAAAUAUAGAAUGGGGACGAAGUGGUGCUGCAGUGGGUUCCGGGAACCCGAGAUCAAGGUUUAUGCCGACCUUGACGCCCCUCGGCUCACGGAUGUUCGUCAGUUCGUCGAGGAGAGUAGCUUGUCCCUGGUAGCAGGUGCGGAAAUGGAUCCCGUGGCAGACACGUUUCGUGGAGUUGAGAACUUUAAUGGUGCGUUUAAUUGGGAGGGCUUGGACAGUUCUUCGGAAAAGAAGCGACCACAUAACGACUGGCGGUAUUAUCACAAGCACGUUGAGAAUUAUAGAAAGGAUCAUGCAAUACGAGCAAGAUUCGUUCUCAAGGAUCCAGAACCAGAGCGGAACAUCAGUGGCGAGAAAGGCGAUGCACAACGCAGAAAUUUUUUUAGCUUCUUUUGGAAAAUUCUGCCUCAGAAAACGGUGAGCCAAAAUGCAAUAGAGCUUAUUGAAUUUGCAAGAGAUUUAGGCAAUGAAGACUGCACUCUUGAAGCGCUUUAAUAUCUCGUAGUUUACGAGAUGCGAUAUCAAUCCAAGUUUCACUUUCCUUACAGCGAGCCGCUUGGGAAAUCAUACUUACUCGCUGAGGUGUAAUAAUUUAUCAAGAUUGUCUCCGCCAUCCUAUAGAUUUUUUUCCAACAGAUGAGCCACAAAUUAAUGUGGCUGUUCAGAUAGCAGAUUGAAUCUGUGUUUUACACAGGUGCUCUUGUUACCGUCCUCUUACGAUUGCUCAGCGAGUAUAUGUGUUUGCUCCGGAAGGCAUCAGGCAGGGGUUUGGAGGUUAACAUGCCCUGCGUUAUUGAUGCAGGUAGAUAUGCCUUGUGGUUACACCUUGAUUUGCAAUGUUCUGAAUUAGAUCUUCCUUUAGAGCCAGGCUUGUAGAGUAGGACUUUGUGCAUACUAGUGUUUUAUGUAGGCCAGGAUGGAAAAUUGUUACUGAUGCACCAAUGAUUAGCAUCAGAGAUGUUCAACUUUCUACAUCUCCCCACACUAUUCUUUCAAAAAAAUAUUCAUCUUCUCCAGGUAUUCCCUGAAAGAGUGUAUUCAUGACGCCUGAAGCGUUCAGUAUCCAGAAAUUUGAGAUUGUUUCUAUCCAUACAUAUGUGACUUUCUAUCCAUUAUGGAAUCUUUGUGCAUUGCAACCUGUGCAAUCACCAUGAUUAGUCAAGGUGUUUCGAAGCAUGUUAAUCCAUAACCAUACGAAGGGGUGCGGAAAAAAACAUUCUACCAUUUUGGUGGGUUUUUCGUGAUUGAUUCCGCUCGACCCAGUACGAGACCGUCGUGCACAGCUGCCGACACGCUUGCGGGUGUCUUCCAAGGGAGCAGAGCUAGUAUCUGAACACACGCGUAAGUGUGAGCGCACUUGGUCAAUCUCGACUUUUAGAGCGCUGUCACUGAGUUCACGUAACAUUACAGUUGUUCAUUUGUGGUUGAGGAUUGGGAACCCAACCACGGACCCUGAUUGGUUCACAGGCUCCGGAGGAGUGGGUGAGCGAACCUGGAAUCAGCUGAACGAAGAAUGGCCUGCGCAACCGCUGAGGUGGUUGGUGGGUAUGGCAGUUGCAACCCCGUUACCUCCCCCUUCGCUUCGCAAGUGCAUUCCUCUGAAGGCUUAGAUAGUGUCAUUCCACCAUUCUGUUAGCAUGCCUACCAUUCCGAUUUUUAAGGGAGAGCAUAGAAACGCCCUCGAACAUCCGGGCCGUUUGUCUCUUUCUGCUUUUUAAUUUAUGCAUGCGUCCUGUAAGGCCAAUAUAAAACAGGCCAACUUCUUGUGUGUGAGGAUGGUGGCCAAUUGUUCUGGUUUGGAUGGCUUGCACUUUUUGCUUUAAGGACUAUAUCCUCGUCCAAUUUUCAAGUGAAAUUGCGUGUGCGUCCUUCAGGGUUCGUUCCUUGCAAGUAGAUGUUACAAACGUGAUCUUCUGGUCCUGAUGAUUUUGGCUUUACUGUUGCUAGCAAGGGUCGGAUGGAUACCUUUCGUCAAGGUCAAUUGAAUUCUCUUCAAUAUAUAGCCUUUCUUCGGUUGUCGUGAUUGAUGCUCUCUUGCAUACCUCUAGAGUUAUGCCCUCGGGUUAGUUUUAAGCAUUCCCAUCUUAGUCUUUGAGCUCAUUGAAAAUCCUUUUUCCUUCAGAUCUUACAAGUGGAUCUCAACAAUCCAGUACACGGAAGGAUUUUUGUUUAUUUUGGCCAUUUUCUGAUGUUCGUGAGCUGAAGGUUAGUUUGUUCGAAAGGUUGGGGUCUUCUGGAGAAGAUUCGGUUCAAAUUCCAGGACACAAAGACAAAAGAUCACGAUCAUCUCGGCUUCAGUUAUGCCGCUUAUGGCUACUCAUGUGAUUAGGGCAGCCGUCAGAUUACAGGAACUCCCCGAGUGAUUUUGGGACGGAUUGGUCAGAGAUACGACAAUUUAUGCUGUGUCAGGAUUUUUUUCGACAACAUGACCCUCCGAUUCCGCUUUGUCGGUGUUGUGGCAACGUAUAUAGUAGGGGUACUCAUCACCAACUUCGUGAAUGCUCUUGAUCAGAACCUUUUAUAUGCUCAGGCCUCACAUCCACAAGGCAGCAGCACUACUCAAAGCCAUCCCCAGACCACUCUACCGUCAAGGUAGUUACCCAGCUAUCGAAACAACAAUCCCGAAAGAGCCUGAACAAAUGAUCAGGAAAAAUCAUCUGGAUUUCCAAUCUCCAGGUUUGGCUGCAUUACUGUGCGUUAUACUGCUGUUCACUAAGCUUGUGUGUGGUUAUGAGCAUGGAUCAUCGCUUGAUGGUCAUUUAACGGGACCGCCACCUCAGUUUGAUGAUACUGAUCAACAUCCUUUGACGAACACCGAAGCGCACGAAGCCCCACAAGCCCUCGAAGCUUUGAAGCAGUACAUGCAGCAGUAUGGGUACUUGAACGCAAACAGAGAAAGUACAAGCCCAAUUCUGAAAGAGAUGAGCGACGCCAUUGGGCUGCUACAAAAGAGUUUGGCACUUCCAGUGACAAAGAAGUUGGACGCCGUCACUUAUUCAGCAGUUGGGGAGCCAAGGUGCGGUCACCCAGAUUACGUGCAGAGUCGAUGCCACUCAACCCCGCGUAAGUUUACAGCAGUCGAUGUGAUCAAUGCUUCGGAGGAUGACUUGACAACAGCUGAGUUUUCAAACCAUGGUGAUCAUGUGACAAGCGAAAAUGAAGUGAUUGCUGGUAGCGGCACACUGAGAAAGGUCACCAGAUUCGCGUACUUCCCUGGAAACCCGCGGUGGAAUUCCCGAUUCAAGCUCACGUGGGCGUUAUCUCCAUCAAUGGUGACGCAGCGCCUGUCAAGGGACGACAUUCGGUCUGCGUUCACGCAUGCAUUUCAGUUGUGGGCUGCAACAGUGUCCAUGUUCAACUUUACAGAAGUGCAAGAUUAUCAUUCCGCAGAUGUUAAGAUCUGUUUCGUUGCUGGGGAGCACGGUGAUGCCCAGAACUUUGAUGGGGUGUUGGGCAUCAUCGCCCAUGCCUUCUCUCCGGAAGACGGCAGGGUCCAUUUUGACGAUGCAGAAUUCUGGUCUGUCGACGUGAAUUCGGAUAAGUCUCCGCAAGCGUUAGAUCUAACAUCCGUGGCUAUCCAUGAAGUAGGCCACGUGAUCGGUCUUGCUCAUUCGCCGAUGAAGAAGUCGGUAAUGUUUCCUAGCAUUUCGCCGCGCCACACCAAGCGCGAGCUUUCAGACGAUGAUGUGCAAGGUGUCCGGCAGCUGUAUGGAUUAGCUGCUGUGAAUGCUCCCCCUCCCCACUUCGCUGUGGAUCAUGCAAAUACUGUGCGCUUAAAUUUGUCCUCCCAAAUCUUCCUACUUUUCUUGAAUUUCAUCUCUUUGAUGAGGAAGCACGUGUAGCACUAAAUGAGGACGUGAUGGAUGAUCAUGCAGAUCUGAUGCAGAUUAGUUUAUCGGCAACCGAUGUGUGUAGACAAUCUGCGAUAUACCUCUCUUCAAGAUAGUUUUCUUCAUUACGCUGAUAAUCACAACUUGCUAAUCUCCAGAAUUUGGGCGUCAUUGUCUCAGUACCGUGUUGACAACAAAACGACCAGAUGAAAGACAUACAAGUGAUAAUGUCUUCAGAACCUCCAAGAUUAUUCUUCGGGUUUUAGGUUAACAUCAAUUAAAGCCAAGUUAGCAAGAGUUAAAACACAGGGGGUGUACCUCCGACGCUUUUGAGUGCCUGUAGUCUUGGCAUUGGUUCAUCCUUUCGUCUGGUGGCCUACUCUGGUUAACGGUUCAUUUCUGUCAAGUAUCCGAAGUUCUAGGUAAAAUGCUAAGUUAGGUGAGUCUGCACGAGCUGGGAAAUCAUACAAAAUUCCAGUGAAGACGUAUUUUAGGAUCUAUUUCUCGAACCAACAGUCGAUUGAAAAUUUGCUUUUAUAACUAAGCUACGGUGAAGCAUCUUCAAGCACCACCUGAAAUACCGAAACGGCACUCCUCUUACUGACGCGGGAAGAGUUCAGCAACGAAGGAGCCAUUGCUUCCAAAGAAAUCUUGCCUUCAAGCUUUGAUUGAUGAACAAUCAUCACGCAUAGUGAUAGGCAUAUCAUUAUAGAAGGUCUAUCAGUGAAGUUCUAAUUUUUCCAUUGCACCAGGUAAACAACAAAAAAUGUCCGUUUCGAAAGACAUGAGAGUGUCGAGGCAAGUGUCAAGUCUAACAGAGCAGAAAAUUGCAAGUGAAACUCUGUAUUAAAAUCACAUGCAAAUCACAUGCAACUCUAA